CCUGUGGGAACUAUUUUGCGCUUUUCUUUUUACGGACAGGUUGAUUUCCAGUUGACAUCAAACGUAAUUUAAAAGGCAUUACGGAGAAAAGGCUGGCGUCAUCUAACAAAUCUUGUAGUUGGUUGUACAUUACAAUAGACUGGGAAAAUUACUACGCCAAUGGAAAAUUCAUGAUACAUUGGGGUCAAAAUGGCCCUAUAGGUUUUUCUGAAGGAUGUAGUCGAGCGUAUCGUCUCCCACGAUUCACCGUCACCAGAGUGAUGCCCUGCACGCACCUGGAUUCAUGGAGACGGGCAAACAGUGAAUUCAUGUGCUAUGUCCUCCUUUCUCUGUUGCUGCUCCUAUGUCUUGCGGUUCCAGUGGAGGCGGGCUUCAUGCACGACUCCAAGGUGCGUUUCUCGCAGGGCGGCGGGGACCACUGGGCCCUGCGGGACGGGGUGCGGGUCCCCGCGCUGGUGCACCUGACGGUCUGCGUGUACGUGCGCGUGCUGCGGGGCGGCGCCUGGACGGCCUACGCGUACGGAGACCCUGGAGCCCGGGCGCCCCACCUGGGCCUGCAGGGGGACGGGCAGCGCCUGUACGUGUGGCUCCUGGGGGUCAGGCACGGCUUCCCCGUGCGUCUCCUCCAGCGCACGUGGUACCACGUGUGCCUGAGGCGGGACGCCGGCCGGCAGCAGGUCAGCCUGGAGGUGGACGGGACCCCCUCGCUCCGCAGGGUGGUGGCCGGGACCGUCCCGCCCGCCGGCCGGCUGACCCUCGGGUCCCCGGACCGGGACGGUCCGCCCUCCAGGGCGGGGGCGGUGGAGCUGUACCUGUUCCGCGUUUGGGACAACGUCGGGCCCCGCGGCGUCUGCGAGGACGGGGGUGUGGUGGCGUGGAGGCGGGAGCAGUGGGACGUGGGUGAUCAUCCCCCGCUGCAGGACGAGAGCUUGCCGUGCGGCCCAAGGCGGAUGAAACGUGAAGCAAAUAUGCGAGCUACCACAUCCCUUCCUUCACCUCCCCCAACAGAUGCUCCAUCCACUCCACAUUCAACAAUUCCUCCAGCUUCACUUACCACAUCUGACAAAGUAUUGUCAACCGUAGCUCCUGCAGUAACUGCCACCAUGAUAGCGUUAUCAACCACAUCACUCACAACUCAACCCGCAUCCUUCAUACAACCUGCAACCACAGUCAUCACAUCCACUCAACCCACAUCCUCCACACAACCUCCAACCACAGUCAUCACAUCCACUCAACCCUCAUUGACAACAAAACUUCCAACCACAGUCAUCACAUCCACUCAACCCACAUUGACAACAAAAUCACCAUCCACAGUCAUCACAUCCACUCAACCCACAUUGACAACAAAAUCACCAUCCACAGUCAUCACAUCCACUCAACCCACAUUGACAACAAAACCUCCAACCACAGUCAUCACAUCCACUCAACCCACAUCCUCUAUACAACCUGCAACCACAGUCAUCACAUCCACUCAACCCACAUCCUCUAUACAACCUGCAACCACAGUCAUCACAUCCACUCAACCCACAUUGACAACAAAACUUCCAACCACAGUCAUCACAUCCACUCAACCCACAUUGACAACAAAAUCACCAUCCACAGUCAUCACAUCCACUCAACCCACAUUGACAACAAAACCUCCAACCACAGUCAUCACAUCCACUCAACCCACAUCCUCUAUACAACCUGCAACCACAGUCAUCACAUCCACUCAACCCACAUCCUCUAUACAACCUGCAACCACAGUCAUCACAUCCACUCAACCCUCAUCGACAACAAAACCUCCAACCACAGUCAUCACAUCUACUCAACCCACAUCCUCUAUACAACCUGCAACCACAGUCAUCACAUCCACUGAACCCACAUUGUCUACAGAACCGCCAACCACAGUCAUCACUUCUACUCAACCCACAUCUUCCACACAGUCUCCAACCACAGACAUCACAUCCACUCAACCCACAUUGUCCACAAAUCCAACCACAGUCUUCACAUCCAAUCAACCCACAUCCUCCACACAACCUGCAACCACAGUCAUCACAUCCACUCAACCCACAUCUUCCACACAACCUGCAACCACAGUCAUCACAUCUACUCAACCCACAUUGUCCACAAAUCCAACCACAGUCAUCACAUCCACUCAACCCACUUCCACAGAACCUCCAACCACAGUCAUCCCAUCCACUCAACCCACAUCUUCCACACAACCUGCAACCACAGUCAUCACAUCCACUCAACCCACAUCUUCCACACAGUCUCCAACCACAGACAUCACAUCCACUCAACCCACAUUUCUCUAA